AUGAUUUCUCUCAUCUACACUCAGUGCAGCAAUGCGCGCCCUAGCGCGCUUUGUGAUCUAUUACGAAAGUACGGAGUGGGCCGUGUGCUUGAAUGUGACUCGACGUCUACGCCUGAAAUACCAUCUGGCGAUGAAGAAAUAAUCUUGGUCAACUAUGAUCAUGAGUUCUCCACUGCAGCAAUUCGACAGGUCACGUUUCGGACUGCACGACUGCCCAAGGCAUUCGUCAUCUGGGAUAGUCCGCGUCAACAGCAGGUUGUCGCAAUGCGAGUGCCUCACGCCACUUUCCAAAAUAGUCUGAUCGAGAACAAAGAUCUGUCAUCUACGGUACGUGCUUUGGCAACACAGAAAGAUUUGGUCUCUACCACCUACGGGGAGUUCUGCUCGAACAGUGCAUGUGCUGUUGGGGGCUCGUUUUCGGAUUCUGGGGUACGUCAAUACUUCGCCAAGGUUGCCAAAGACCGCGGCGUUCAGAAACUGCGAGACGAAAUUCGCAUGUAUCAGUCUCUACCGGAAGACUUGCAGGAUCAUUAUCCGCAGCUUAUCUUCACGUCAGAGGAGGAUGGAACCGUGACUAUGGGAACGAACUUUCAGGACUUUCCCAAUCUUCGUGACCUUUUGUUAAACAACCAUAUUUCUACGGCUGAGGCUGCUAGAAUCAUGACAAAGGUCUUGGAUUUUGAGUAUAAUCAGGCUUUUCUUCAGUACCAGCAGCCUACUCCCGAGAACUACCUCUACGACUAUCACUUCCUUCGGGCCUGGAGGCGCUUAACAAUGUCUGCCGAGAUAGAUCCAAUCUUCGGGCCGAUUGUGGCUGCUCCAUCGUUAAAGAUCAACGGCCAGCAAAUACCUAGUGUUCCAGCAAUGCUUUGGCGUCUAGAGCAGGACCAAGAGGCAGCUCGACGCCUGGAUCCAGGAGGCGUCUCGCCUUACAUCCAUGCCGAUUUUCACCCUGGAAAUAUCAUUUGUGACAUCAAACAAGACCAAUUCUGGCUUGUGGAUCCGCGCGGGUAUCCGCUAUGUGAUAUCUUUUAUGACUUGGGAAAAUUGGCGCAGAGCACUAAUAGCUGCUAUGAUUUACUGCAUGAAGGUCGGCAUGAAGUUUCUUAUGAGGCCAAGGGGGACACAGCAACGAUCAACUACAAGUUUCUCGUGCCUAGCUUUAGAGCGCAAUACGCAGACUUGAACGCCAGAUUACAGCCCGUUAUUCACAAACUCUUAGAGGCAGACAAAGGCGAUGUGGAUCUACGGAUCCGGUUCAAUGAGGCCAUGCACCUCUGUUCCCUCAUGCCGUUCCAUAUCCAUCCAGACGCCCAGCCUUCUCUGGCUGUUCCAAUUUUUGCAAUUGGUGCAAUGCGUCUGUCGGAAGUAAUGGGUCUGCUGGGCAUCAGCAUGGAUGAAUGUGCGGCAAACCAUGCGGGUGGGCUGGAGCGAUUGAAGGAGAUGGGCCAAGCUGCGUGGCGUUUCGAGGGGUAG